UAAUUUUUUAUCUCUUAAUCGAGGCAAAGUUUAGAUGGCCCCACGUGAAAUAUAAGUUUUAUACCCGUGAAGUCAUUACCGAGAGCUAAUGAAUAAAUGAAGAAUAUAUUUUCCUAGGUUUUUGAGCACCAAAAGCAAAAGUUUUCUGCUCGUAAAUAAGUUAAACAUCGAAUUGAAAGAAAUAUUUAAAAUGGAAAGUACGCCUGUGGCAACAAAACCUCCAAAUGAAUCGACAUAUAUUCUAGAAGGGCAGCAAUCGGUGGAAGAUUCUACAGUGCACAAUGACACCGAGCAACUUUUGGAGGAUGACAGUCGAGGACAAAAGAAGUCUAGCCUUGCUUAUGCCAGUUUUAACUACAUUAAUUCAAUCAUUGGAAGUGGUGUCAUUGGUAUACCAUAUGCCUUUAGUGAAUCAGGAUUUGGAAUUGGACUUGUUCUUCUUACUGUAGUUGCUUUGAUGACUGACUAUUCUUUGGUCUUAAUGGUACGAAGUGGACAUUUAAGUGGAAGUUUUACUUACCAAGGAAUAAUGCAGGCUGCAUUUGGAAAACCUGGUUAUUUUGUUUUGUCAGCCCUGCAGUUUCUGUACCCUUUCAUUGCCAUGAUAAGUUAUAAUGUGGUUGUUGGAGAUACACUAACCAAAGUAGUGAUUAAUGUGUAUCACCAAGAAUCUGUAUUUGCGAGUCGUCCAUUUGUCAUUGGAAUGGCAAACAUCUUCGUAACAGCACCACUUUGUUUGUACCGGGAAUUAGAGAAAUUGAGCAAAAUUUCAUUUGCAUCUCUUGUGUGUGUUGGAUUUAUCCUGAUUGCUGUUAUUGCAAGGAUAGAGCCUUUGUUGGAGGUAGUUCCACCAGGUGAAUGGACAGUUGUGAAUAAGGACAUGCUACCAGCUAUUGCAAUAAUGGCAUUUGCGUUCAUGUGCCACCACAACACUUUCUUGGUGUAUAGUUCAAUUAAGGAUGGUAACCAGCAGCUUUGGAACAAAGUAACUCACAUAUCUGUUACAACAUCCUACAUAGUCACACUGUUGUUUGGAAUUGCUGGAUAUGCAACAUUUAAGCAGUUUUCACAAGGUGAUUUGCUUGAAAAUUACUGCUGGGAUGAUGCAUUAAUAAAUGUUGCAAGAGUUAUGUUCUGUUUCACCAUCCUUCUUACAUACCCAAUAGAAUUUCUCGUAACAAGAGAUGUCAUUCAAAACAUAAUGUCAGCAUACAGUUUGUGCCUAGAUUAUCCAAAAGCAGUACACUAUGGCUUAACAAUCAGCCUUAUUUUUUCUACAUAUCUACUGUCUUUGACAACUGAUUGUUUGGGCAUUGUCUUGGAACUUAAUGGUAUUUUGGCUGCUGUACCAAUGGCAUAUGUGUUGCCAGCAAUAAUAUACCUGAAGCUAGAAGAAGGUGGAUAUCUUGCUUAUGAAAAAGCUCCUGCUAUAGCUUUAGCACUUGCGGGAACAUUAUGUGCUGUUGCAGGAUUUGCAUCUCUGAUAACAAACUUCCAUUCGGCAGCAUCUUGUAGCCAUGGCCACAUCAUGCAGUACUGCAACAUCACUAACUAGGAUCUACACCUGGCAUGACUGUCAUACAUGCUUGAGUGUGGGUAGUUUUUAAAAGAAUCACAGAAUUUUUUGUAAUUGUUGCACUGUAACUCAUUUUGCAGUUUAGUCACUGAAUGUAAUGAAUCUCUCUUCCUUAGUAUAUUUUGCAGUAUUUGUUAAUUGGCCACUGGGAAUGACAAUGAUUGUUUUCUGUGGAAUGAUAUUUUUACUGUUGUAUAUAUCUGUACCUGCACUGCAUUUGGUGAAAGUUCCUUUAUUGUACUUGUGAUGUCUGUUAUUUAUCUAGAGAAGAAAUGUGAACUUUUGCCUCACUGUUUUCCUUACCAAAAAUAAUGAAGGUAAAAGAUGAAAAUUUAAGCUUUAUGUUGCACAAUUUAUCAUUUUGCUCAGGAAAUAGUCUGUGUUCAUUGUUCUGCAGUUACUACUUCUGUUUGUAACUACAGAGAAUGCUUGGGCUGUGAGAAAAAAUAUUGUUAAGGACUAUUUGCUGUGUUAUAUGAAGAUGUUAUCUAUGCAUUACUUUGCAAGAGCAAUUUACUUUUUAUAUUAUAUUUAUUGUUUUGAUGCCAGUGGUAUAAGUAUCUUACAGAUACUAGUGUGAUUUUAAUUCAAAGGGUAAAUUUCAUAAGAUUCUAAUCUCACCAUUUGCUGAGAGAAACUCGGAACAAAUGGUUUUGACAAGUUACUAUAUGUAUUUGAAAAUUUAAGAGUUACUGUUUCAAAAUACUAAAGUUUAAGAAAAGUUGCUGUCUUUCUCCAGCUUUUCAAAAGAGUAUUACAGUUAAAAUAUAUAAAGUAUUGAAGCUUGCAGUCUUCGUAAUUGCAAUAUAUUAAAUUGAUGGGCUUUCAUAAGUGGACCAACUUGUAAAAAUGUUACAAAUAUUAUAGAAUAAAUAAAUAUAUUUCUCUGUCUUGCAUGUUGCCAAAAGUGUCAUUUUGUUGAAAGCACUGUGAAUACUACCUGAGUUCACAGUUGAUAUUGUAAGUAUCUAAAUCUAGUUCUAUAGGCAUGAGCCAGGUUUUUCCCCCCCCUUCGAUAGUCUGUAGUAUGUUAAGUGCAGUUAUCUACAAAUGAUCAUCUGUAUUUUAUAAUAACCUGUAAAAAGAGUGCUCGAUAAUUAUGUAUAUCACUUUUUGCAUGAAGUUUAUAAAAAUGCAGUUAUUUUUGGGUGUUUUCUUAAUACAAGAAAGUUAUUGAAAAUAUGGGAUGCUCCUUGGACUUCAGUUAUAUUUUCUGACCGUAAAUCCAUCAGCUAAUAGAUAAGCUUUAAAACUGAAUUAAAAACUGUCUUGACAGUCAAGACUAUUCUUAAUUCAAUUUUGAAAACGUUAUCAAGACCAGUGAUUUUUCUCCACGAGAAACAUUCUAAAAAAUUAAUAAUAGGAAAGCAUCUUGUGAUUAUUUGAAACAUGAAACACAGUGAAAAAGCAGCUGUUAUGAUUUUAUAGGUCUGUAAAUUGCAUUUUGAUCAUAUUUGUGUACUUUUACUGUAGGACAGACCAUGUUUAUGAGCUAGAAAACAUAUAAAGUUUACACACAAAUAUUUAUAAUGCACAAGUUUCUAAGAUGUACUACAUGCUAUACACUACCUUUAUCGGAUUAAUGAUUAGCUUGUUUCCUGUCAACCACUGUGCUGUGUCAUUGAAAGAUAUGAAAAUAAAUAUCUACUUAGAAAUUUUUUGAUACAGCACUGUAGUAUUGCUGUGUAAAACGCCAUUAUAGUAUUAUAAUGCUGUUAAGGCUUUGGUGAACUCUCUUACCUGAAGAGUUAGAUAGAAAGAUGAACUUUAAAAACUAAGUGUGCAUUCUCAAAAUGACCUGUACGAAGUGUAUUGAUAACUGGGACUCGGAUAUAGUCCACUGAAUAAUUAACUUGGUUUCUGGACCUUAAUAGUCAAUGCGUGCGCGUCCACACACACACACACACACACACACACACACACACUCUCUCUCUCUCUCUCUCUCUCUCUCUCUCUCUCUCUCUCUCUCUCUCUCUCUCUCUCUCUCUGUUUUGUGCUGUGAUGUAAUUUGAAUGACAAAAAAUCACUCAAUUCUGUAACAGUUUUUAUAUGCAAGUUAGUACUAAAUUUAUUACGAUGACAGGAUGGUUAUAAAAUGUAUAUUAUUCAUGUUAAUUCAAAGUUAUGUGGACGUUCAAGGAUAAGUUACAGUUUAAGUUGCCAUUUAAGUAUCUCCAGUCAACACUCAUAGCAAAGUAUGUAGAAACACUCCUUUAGCAUAAGGAAUUAUUGCCGCUAAUGUCAAUCUUAUUUUAACCACAUGAAAAACUAAUUUCCACCUAUAUUAGCUGUGAAUUUGUGUUUGUUACCUCAGUGUCUCUAUCCACUAACAUUAUAAUAUAUAGCAUAUACAUGUCAU